AUGGAAGAACGCGUUUCUUGUGUCACAGAAAAUACACCGGAACCCACCGAAGCAGCAACCAGUACUGUCAUUGCCGUCUGCGGAUGCGGUAACGACGGAAGGUUGGGCAUUGGCAUCAGCGAUACGCAGUACAAGGUCGUUCUAAUUCCUUUUUUCCUGGGAAGUGCUGACAGCGAUGGUCGACCAUUGGGAAACAUCCGAACGGUACGUGUCGGUGGUUAUCACAAUUUUGUCAUCACGACUGAGGGAGUGUACGGCUGGGGUCUCAACGAGAAUGGACAGCUUGGCAUGGGCCGCGGCUCGCCGGCGUGCGUGUCAGUCCCCACACGCAUCCCCUUCUUCGAUGGAAAGAAUACAAAGGAUAUCGUUUGUGGCGCAUAUCACACUUUUGCAUGGACGGAAGAUGGUUUGUAUGCCUGCGGCAAAAAUGAGGAUGGCCAGCUGGGUUUGCCAUGUGAUGAUGGCCUUUUUUCUUUUACCCUCGUGUUAUCUGCCCUUCAGGUGAAUGGUGAUGCCAGCAACACCGCUGACCAAUGCGGCGGUCGUGAGGAUGCUGCUGGUGCUUAUGAUUUAUUAAAAAGGGGUCAGCUAACUCACGUUAGCUGUGGCACUCACCACACGCUGCUGGCCCUGCGCGACGCAACGCUGGCAACUGGCGAAGCUGAUGAUAGUGUUGCACAGCAUCGUAGCCACCCCUUGCUUGUUCUGGCCGCUGGAAAGGGGGAUUUUGGUGAGCUUGGCUAUGAUGGUGAUAUGUGGUCCAUUUUGCAGGCAAAAGCCAAGACGAUGCAAUCUGCUUUGCAAAAUGCGGCGCGCAAAACCCAGGGGGUGGAUCCUAUGGAAACAGAAGCAUCUGCUUGUAUUGAUGAUAAGGAAAGGCAGUGGAAACCAAAGAAGCAGAGGCGGGCUGCGUUUUCGUCAGAGAGGUUCCAACCUGUUGGACUUCCGGUCUUACUUGAAUGUUUGAGCACCCAAGCGGGCACAGGCUCCCUCGAGGUGGUUGAUCUCCAAGCAAUGCAUCUGCAUUCCGCCGUAACCGUGAGGUGCAAGUCCGCACCGGGAGAUGGCAGUUGUGACACAGACCACGUUCGGACCUUUCAUUGGGGUUGCUACUACUGCAACGAGGUGGAGGAUGACGCCUCAUCAGUUCCACGUGAGGAGGCUGAAGCCGUCACCCUUCACGCAGGGAACGAGAUAAUGUUCCGCUACCAUAAAGCUCCGCAACUGCUAACGGAGAUCGAAGUUAUGGGUAGUGGUUUGAUUGGUUUGGGUGAGGAAGACUCAUUUUCAAAAACAUGGGUGCCACUACCAUUACCAUCGGAUGCCGAACCUGUGAACUGUGUUCAUAAUAUUGUGGGGCGGGAGCAUUUUCUCAUUCAACUGGACAAUACUACGGUAGUUGGGUUCGGUGAUAACAUGCAUGGCCAGCUAGGUGCAGGGAAGACGAAAGAUUCCUUAAUUCUUCCCACCGUCAUCCUCCGCACCGGGAGCGUGCUGAUGUGCCCUGCCGGAGUUUCCGGUGUGGACCUAACGGUCAGGUGGAAAGUUGAGCGAGUUAAUGACACCCUUUGUGGGGUGAGGCAUUCUCUCUUUGUUUUGGAGGUUAGCUCCUUUAUCGUUAACACGUUUGCCAACGGGCCGUGGCGGAAGUGGAAAAAUGUCGACCCCGCAACACUUUGUUAG